GGAAGUGAUUGCUGGGAUAUCAGAAGAAAAUGGGACUUUGCCGCAGAACCAGGCCAGCCCCCAACACUCUGAUACCAACUGAACUCAGAGGUUACCUCCACUGUGGCAACACAGCGUCCAAUGCUUGGGAGAACUGAUGGGCUUAUGUGACACCUGACAAUCUCUAAUUUCUACUCUGCAAGAUCCUGACAGGCUUGGUCAUAAUGAGUAUUGAAAGGGGCGAGCAGGACACCAUUGAUACCCACUACACUACAAUCCACACACUGGGCAGGCAAAAUGAGGGCAGGCGGCUACGCUACAUGCAGAAAGAUGGCAGGUUCCCUGUGGUUUUCCAGAAAACCCCUGGAAACUGGAGCCCAUACCUGAUAGACAUAUUCACCACUCUUGUGGAGAACCGCUGGAGGGUGAUGCUCCUCAUCUUUUCCCUCUCUUACAUUCUCUCCUGGCUCUUUUUCGGCCUGUGUUAUUGGCUCAUUGCAUAUGUACAUGGAGACGUUGACAAUGUAGAUAAUGAACCCUGUGUGGACAAUGUGCGUGGCUUUACAGGAGCCUUUAUGUUCUCAAUGGAGACCCAGGCAACUAUUGGAUAUGGCUUUAGGGGGAUGACUGAGAACUGCAUUGUGGCCAUUAUUGUAGUGACGGUUCAAGAUGUAUUCAGCUGCCUCCUUGACACCAUUAUUAUUGGUAUUGUUCUUUGUAAAAUGGCAUCUGCUCGUAAAAGAGCUCAGACGGUGGGUUUCAGCAGCUGUGCGGUGGUCAACCAGCGAGACGGGGCUCUGUGUCUGUCAUGGCGACUUGGGGACUUCAGAGGUAAUCACAUCCUGGAGGGUGUUGCCAGGGCCGUGUUAGUCCGUUAUGUGAAACAGCCACUGGGGUCUAUUGUGAUGUCAUACCAGGACCUGGACAUCCAGGAUCGAGACAUUGUCCUCGCCACACCAGCCACCAUUAUUCACAAGCUGGAGCCUGGCAGUCCCCUCUACAGCCUGGGCCCUGACGACCUGCUGGAGGACAACUUUGAGCUGGUGGUGUCUUUCACCUACACAGGUGACUCUACAGGUAUGCUCCACCAGACACGAACCUCCUACACCUCAGCAGACAUCCGUUGGGGUCAACGCUUCCAGGACAUGCUGAAAGUGGGUAAGAGGCGCUACAAGGUGGACUAUGCUCUGUUCAACGAGACUAUGUGGGUGCCGGUGCCCCUGCUCAGUGCAGAAGAGUGUGACAGGGGGAGACGUCCUGCAGAGGGUCCACAGUCCCAAAAUCCACUUUUUCCAUCAGUCAAGAGAAACGGACACGCUCACCAGAUGAAUCCCAAUGUCAGUGGAGAGGUGAUGCAGCAAACAUGUUUGUAG